UAUUCACUCCGUUUCCAAUCCAUGAACUCUUGCAUAAACAACCCGGUGAGACGACAGACAGAUAACAAGGGACACGAAACACACUCUAACACCUUCAGGUUGUCCGGUGAAUAUGAGCAGGAUUGCUGGAGUUUUAAGGCGUACGUUUGGAAUAGUACGUGACCACAUCGGGACAGAUGCUUUGGGGAAUACAUAUUACUCAAUCCCAAAACAGAAGACAUGGACAGGCAGGUUAGUCCGUGCCAGGCGGAUGGUCGUGGCAGCCAAUCCUAAAGAACAUGAAUAUCUAGAAGGCAGCAUACCGACAGAGUGGGACGCUUGGAUCCGAGGCAGACGGAAAGAGCCCCCCUCCAUCGAGGAGCUGCUGAAGAAUGAUUCUUACAGGGAGAACAUCAAAAGCAAGGCCAAGGAGGUGGAGGAGAAAGAUCUGGCCCUACAGGAGAAGGAGUACGAGGAAGGUCUUGUGGCAACUUCUGCAAAGACUGCGGCCAAGGGCCAUGCAGCCGCCACCAGCUUCGGCAAGGAGGAGAUCAGCGAAGACCCGACCAGCACUGCAAACUCGUUCCAGCCUGGCUCCUGGAUUCCCAAGAAAUAGACUGAGACACCCACAUCCACUGAGACCGCUGUACAAUGUAAUACAAUCCAAUAGAAAAUCCCUGCAAUAAAUACUACCUAUGUGAAACUGAUAUUCAAUUUAAGUCGAGACUUUGAUAUGUAAUGUUAGAAGCUACUUUCAGUAUAAUGCAAUUCAAGUCGACAACAAUCGAGCUCUGACUUUGGAAAUGACCAGAUUAUAUAAAUUCCUCUCCAUUUCAGAGGAAGUAUUUAUUUCAAAGCUGUUUUAUUGGACUGUAUUAUAUUAUACGAGUUUCUGUUUUUCUAGUCCCUUGGUGUACGUAUAUUGUAUAUACACAAGAAAAUAAGCAUCACUCAUCUUGAAGCUGAUUAAGUGACCACAAUGAUUCAAUGUAACUGAAUGGUCUGUAAAUAAAGCAAAACAAAACUGGAUUGGUUGUACUUCCAAUGAUCAUUAAGUACAACUACAAAUACACUAUCAUGCUUAAGGUACAUUGUAAAAAUAAUUUCAAAAUUGUGACUAUUUUAAUUACAUCGAUAUUGACUCCUUACUAAUAAAAUGAAUUAUAAAUAUUACAUGUAUACAAUUCAAGCUGAUCAGAACAGAUUAUUGAGCUAUGACCAGAUAUAUUGUGCAGUAUUUGUAUACAUCCCUCAGCGAGCAACAUUCCACAGUGUAAAGAUUGAAAGCAUUUGUUGAGGGAGUGUGUGGAAAAGCAUACGUUUAAUCCUGUGGGAAUACGUAGGUAAAAAAUAUCAAAUCUAAAUUGAACUCAACAGCUAAGGCCUGAAGAUGGUGUCUUGUAACUGUGCUUACAUUAAAUAAUGUGUUAAUGUU